AUUCUGUAAAAAUAUUAAAAAUAAUAAUAUAAUAAUAAAUUAAUAUAAAUUUUAUUAAUAAAAUUUUAAAAUGUGUAGAAAAGAGGAGUUGUUAUAGUGCCUCAACUGGUUCCUUUAUUUUUACUAAUAAUUAAAUUAUCCAAGAUUCCAAAAAUCGUUUACAUAAUUUUAAUGAAUAAAUUGAGUAAAAUUGUUGAAUUUUGGAAUAAUUUGGAUUUUUGGAUAAUUUGUGGAAUUUGUUAAAAAUUUGGAUAAAAAUUUGGAUAAAAAUGAGUACUACAGAGGAUUCGAUAGAUUUAUCAGAGGUUUGUGUGUUAAGUGACGCGGACGUAAGGGCGAGGAUUAAUAUGAUCGACGCAGAGGUGAAGAUUCUCAAGAGCGAACACACGAGACUUAAAUCGCAACAGAAAAUGAUCCAAGAACGAAUCAAAGAUAACUUAGAAAAAAUACAAUUAAACAAACAACUGCCCUACCUCGUAGCCAAUGUUGUAGAGUUGUUGGAUAUGGACGAGGAAUAUGAAGAGGAAUACGGAUCCGCACAAAACAUCGAAUCUAAACCCAAAGGCAAAUCACUCGUCAUCAAAACCUCAACCAGACAAACGAUAUAUUUGCCUGUGAUUGGUUUGAUACCGCAUACGGAGUUGAAGCCUGGCGAGUUGGUGGGCGUGAAUAAGGACAGUUACUUGGUCCUGGACAAGUUACCGCCUGAGUAUGAUAACCGCGUCAAGGCCAUGGAAGUCUGCGAAAAACCAACCGAAGACUACUCCGACAUCGGAGGUCUCGAUAAACAAAUACAAGAACUCAUCGAAGCCAUUGUGUUACCAAUAACGCAUAAGGAGAAGUUUGAGAAAAUCGGCAUAAAGCCACCCAAAGGAAUACUAAUGCAUGGACCUCCUGGAACCGGUAAAACUCUUCUAGCCAGAGCUUGCGCAGCUCAGACGAAGGCCACGUUUUUGAAGCUUGCGGGGCCGCAGUUGGUGCAAAUGUUCAUUGGCGACGGCGCUAAAAUGGUCCGAGACGCCUUCAAUCUUGCCAAAGAAAAAGCACCCACCAUCAUUUUCAUAGAUGAGAUAGAUGCGAUUGGUACGAAGAGAUUUGACAGUGAGUUGAGUGGCGAUCGUGAGGUGCAGAGGACGAUGUUGGAGCUGUUGAACCAACUUGACGGGUUCAGUACUGACGAUAAAGUUAAAGUUAUUGCUGCCACUAACAGACCUUACACUCUGGAUCCCGCACUACUCAGAUCCGGCAGACUUGACCGCAAAAUCGAACUACCACAUCCCAACGAAGAGGCUAGAGCGCACAUAUUGCAGAUACAUUCGAGAAAGAUGAAUGUGCACAAGGAUACAAAUUACAUGGAACUGUCCAGAUCCACCGAAAACUUCAACGGAGCACAACUUAAAGCGGUAUGUAUAGAGGCUGGAAUGGUGGCGUUGAGGAGAGGAGCUACGGAGUUGGAUCACGAAGAUUUUGUGGAAGGAAUAGCAAUGGUACAAGCGAAAAAGAAAAAUCCACUCAAUUAUCUCACCUAAUUUUUUAUCACUUUUA